GAGAGAGAAAGAGAAAGAGAGAGAGAGGAGUUAUAUUUUUUUCCAGAAAGAAAGUUUCGGUCGCCCCCCUCUUUCCUUUUCUUUUGAAGUCAAUGUUUCAAAGAGACCAAAAUAACUCGCUUUUCUUGGGCGGUGAACGUACAACUGGCCAAGAUGUUCGUUCUAGCAAUGUGCUUGCUGCUUCAUCUAUUGCAAAUAUUGUCAAGAGUUCUUUAGGCCCUGUUGGUUUAGACAAGAUGUUGGUUGAUGAAAUUGGUGAUGUUACCAUUACCAACGAUGGAGCAACUAUCCUUCAAUUACUUGAAGUCGAACACCCCGCAGGAAAAGUAUUAGUCGAGCUUGCUCAACAACAAGACCGUGAAGUAGGCGACGGCACGACUUCUGUUGUCAUCAUCGCUGCUGAACUUUUGAAGCGUGCUAAUGAACUCGUCAAAAACAAGAUUCAUCCUACCACCAUCAUUACCGGCUAUCGAUUGGCAUCAAAAGAAGCUUGUCGCUUUAUUGCCAACGAAAUGUCUACCAAAGUGGAUGCACUUGGAAAAGAAUGUCUUGUGAAUGCAGCAAAGACUUCCAUGAGUUCCAAGAUUAUCGGAUCUGAUGACGAAUUCUUUGCUAAUCUUGCUGUUGAAGCCAUGUUGGCUGUUAAGUCCAUGAGCCCUCGAGGUGAGACUAAAUACCCUGUCAAGGCUGUAAAUAUCUUGAAAGCUCAUGGUAAAUCCGGUCUUGAAUCACAAUUUGUUCGUGGAUAUGCCCUCAACUGUACCGUUGCUUCACAAGCCAUGAAGAAAUGUAUCAAGAAUGCCAAGAUUGCUUGUUUGGACAUGAACUUGCAAAAGGCUCGUAUGCAUCUCGGUGUGAAUAUUGUGGUAGAUGAUCCUGACAAGUUGGAGGAUAUUCGUAAGAGAGAAAUCGAAAUUACAACUGAACGUAUUCAAAAGAUCUUGGACACCGGUGCCAAUGUCAUUUUGACAACAAAGGGAAUUGACGAUUUAUGUCUCAAGUUGUUUGUUGAAUCUGGUGCUAUGGCAGUUCGCCGUUGUAAGAAGGAAGACUUGAAGCGUAUCGCCAAAGCCACAGGUGCUACUUUGAUCUCUUCUUUGGCUAACUUGGAAGGCGAAGAAACAUUCGAAGCCGGUUAUCUCGGUCAUGCCGAAGAAGUUGUACAAGAACGUAUCUCUGAUGAUGAAUGUAUUUUAGUAAAGGGCACAAAAAUUCAAAAUUCUGCAUCCAUCAUCUUACGUGGUGCUAACGACUAUAUGCUCGACGAAAUGGAAAGAUCGCUCCAUGAUGCCCUUUGCGUUGUUAAAAGAACUCUAGAGAGCAAUAGCGUUGUGCCUGGUGGUGGUGCCGUUGAAUCAGCCUUAAGCGUAUACCUCGAAAACUUUGCUAUCAGCUUGGGAUCUCGUGAGCAACUGGCCAUUGCUGAAUUUGCCAAUGCAUUACUUGUUAUUCCAAAGACUCUUGCAGUGAAUGCUGCCAAAGAUUCAACUGAAUUAGUAUCAAAACUUCGUGCCUAUCAUAAUGCAUCACUUAAUGCUAAUGCAGAUGAUCGUAAACGCGCUCUGAAAUAUUAUGGUCUCGAACUCAUUCAUGGUGGUAUCCGUGAUAACCUUAAAGCCGGUGUUUUGGAACCUACAAUGUCAAAGAUUAAGUCUCUGAAGAGUGCAACCGAAGCUGCUAUUGCCAUAUUAAGAAUAGACGAUUUCAUCAAGGUUGCUCCAGAACAGAAACAAAACCCUGAUGAUGGCCAUGGUCAUUAAAAAAAUGGCAGAUAUAGGAUAUGAUCCUUUUUAUUAUACAAUAAAAACAUCGUACAAAUCGUAAAAAACAGACACAUAAGGCGUGCUGGUGUUUCCUUAUUACAUGUUUCCUCUUAGAACAUUUUUGUGUCAAAUAUAUUAUUAGUAAAUGG